ACAUUUUGGUGACAGAUAAGAAAUAUUCGAGCUUAACAUUGGAAUGCUUAGCGUUACUAGUAAGCUCUAUUUAUAGAUAUGACAAUGCUGCUAAGGAAACACAGAGGUUAUCAAGCGCAAAAUGCUUCCGCUAAAGAUCAUUAAAAAAAGAAAUCCAAAACAAAACAUAGCUGCGGAUCUAAGUGCCUACCCAAGUCAAGGGACGGACAAUUGCAACAUACAGACCAUAUGCAUAUUUAAUGAGCCGGCCGGGGGGACACACUUGAAAAUGGAAGAGUAUCAAGAAGAAGAGGAAGAAGAGGAAAAAGUUCUCUCCCCCAUCUGCGACGAUGUUGUAACACAGACGCAUUCAAUGGGGCGCCCCAAACCAAGUGAUCGAUUGACACGAUCAAAGUGUUGAUAUGUAAUGGAAUAGACAUAGACUCAAAUGAAUAGCACUGACGACGCGGCCCAGCCUUAAGUGGUUCGUCUCUGUGCUCUGUGUGCGUAUUUGUAUGUACAUGCGAUAAGGCAGAGCCAGAGCCAGAGCCAGAGCCAGGCGUAAAAGUGCUGUCAGUGUCUGGGUGUUAAUCCUAAAUAAAUAUUCAUUCUGCCACAUGCAAAUGUAUAAAUGUAUUGAAAUUGCUUGCUUUCAAUGAAUUUAGCUCCAGCUUGAGAACUUUACGUCUCCAUGCUCUGGCGACGUUACGUUAUUCGCAAUCUAGCAGUUGUCGCGUUCGGCUGCAGAUCGGAACUGAAAUUUGGAUCCUACUCGCAAGGCGAAGAAUUUGCUGGGUCUAUACUCUUCGAGCACGCGUUCCCAUUGGAUUCAAAUUAGAUUUAUUGAAAUGUUGCCCUUUCGAUGGGGCCUGCUGCUUGGCAUCGUGCUGCUCAUAGCAUACACAAAUGGAGCGGCCAUAGAUCAAACAUCUGUGGAUGAUGAUGCCGAGCUGACUGCCCUGACUGAAUUAGAGCGAACCAAAAGAAGCGGCAGAGGCUAUGUCCGUGGACAAACACAGUCCCAGUACUUAAACUUUGGCAAGCCCGAACAGGAUGGCAAGGCUGAGGCAGAGGCUAAUGAGGGUGGUUCACGUUCAACUGUUUCUGGUAGUCAUGGCAUGGGUCAAGCUCAGAGUCAAUUCUCUGGUGGAGAUUGUAGUGAAUGCUCUGGAUAUCAUACGGAAUACCCAGGUACUGGUGGCUCAGCUUUGUAUCCAAGUGGUCCUAGCGUCGAUGGUGCCGCUUCUCUUCUUCCAGGUCGCAUAGGCAGACCUGAUGCUAUAAUUAGUAUACCUGGCUUAGGCGGUGCUGGGGCUACGGCUGGAGGACAGCCAGGAUCUGGUGCUGGUCAGCCUGGCUAUGGAGCACAGCCAGGAGGUUAUAAUCAGUUUGGCAUUGGUGGUGGACAGCCGGGUUACGGAAUAGAUGGGCAACCUGCAACAGGAACUGGACGGCCAGGUGCUCAGCAUGGAGCUACCGGACAGCCCGGUAUUAGCGGGCGUCCAGGUGCUGUUAUUCAACCUGGAGCAGGAGGCCAGCCUGGUGCUCAACCAGGAAUAGGAGGCACUCAACCCGGCUAUGGAGGUGAGGGCCAGCCCGCAAUCGCAGGGCGUGGUCACCCUGGGUCUAGUGGUUCGCAGCCCGGUUACGGAACCGGAGCACAGCCUGGAAGCAGCGGUAGCCAGCCUGGCUACGGAACUCAGCAUGGAGCAGGAGGUCAGCCCGGAACUGACGCUAGUCAGCCAGGCUAUGGUACCCAACCAGGAGCAAGUGGACAGUCGGGAAUCAGUGGCGUUCAACCUGGAUACAGAACUCAGGCCGGAUCAGGAGGACAGCCAGGAAUAGGUCAGCUUGGCUAUGGAACGCAACCAGGAAUAGGUGGUCAGCCUGGAUACGGUACUCAGCCUGGAGCAGAAGUCCAGCCGGGUAUUGGCGGUGGGCAGCCUGGAAUUAGCAGUGGUCAACCUGGUUAUGGAUCUCAACCUGGAUCACGGGGACAUCCCGGAAUCGGAGGUGCUCAGCCAGGAUACGGUACUCAAACUGGAGUAGGAACUCGCCCCGGAAUAGUCGGUGGACAACCUGGAAUUGGCGACGGUCAGCCUGGAUAUGGUACCCAACCAGGCAUAAGCGGAAUUGGUGGUGGUCAGCCCGGAUACGGUCCUCAGCCUGGAGUAGGAGGCCAGCCUGGAUACGGUCCUCAGCCUGGAGUAGGAGGCCAGCCGGGAAUUGGCGGUGGGCAGCCUGGAAUUAGCAGUGGUCAGCCUGGUUAUGGUGCCUUACCUGGAGCAGGAGGACAGCCAGGAAUCAGAGGUGCUCAGCCUGGAUCCGAAUCCCAACUUGGCGAUGGUCAUCCUGGCUAUGUAACACUGCCAGGAGCAGGACAGCCAGGAAUCGGAGGUGGUCAGCCUGGAUACGGAUCUCAGCCAGCAAUCGGAAGUGGUCAGCCUGUAUACGGAACACAGCCUGGAGCAGGGGCAGUAAUCGGAAUUGGCGGCGGGCAGCCUGGCUACAGAGCUCAAACUGGAGCAGGAGGACAGCCCGGAAUAGGAGGUGAUCAGCUUGGAUACGGAACUCAGCCUGGAGCAGGAAGGCAGCCUAGCCUAAGCGGUGGUCAGCCUGGAGCUGGAUCACAACCCGGAGUUGGGGGUGGACAGCCUGGUUACGGAACUCAACCUGGAGCAGAAGUACAGCCUGGAUUUGGCGGUGCUCAGCCUGCAUACGGUACUCAGCCUGGAAUUAGCGUAGGGCAGCCUGGAAUUAGCAUUGGUCAGCCUGGCUAUGGUACCCAACCUGGAGCAGGAGAACAGCCAGGAAUCGGAGGUGGUCAGCCUGGAUACGGAACUCAAAUUGGAGCAGGAAGGCAGCCUGGAAUUGGCGGGAGUCAGCUUGGAUAUGGAACUUUGCCAGGAGUAGGGCAAUCAGGAAUUGGAGGUGGUCAGCCUGGAUACGGAUCACAGCCUGGAGUUGGAGGACAAAUCGGAACUGGCGGACAGCCUGGCUAUGGUGGUGGACUGGGAGUUGGUGGACAGCCUGAAAUUGGCGGUGGAUACGGAACGCAACCUGGUGCAGGAGGACAGCUCGGCAUAGGAGAUAGUCAGUCCCGCUAUGCCACCCAACCAGGAUUUAGGGGGCAACCUGGAGUUAGCGGUGGAUACGGAACUCAGCCAGGCGCAGGAGGACAGCCCGGUAUUGGAGGUAGUCAGCCGGGCUAUGGUACGCAACCAGGAGUUUGGGGACAGCCUGGGAUUGCCGGUGGAUACGGAACACAGCCUGGUGCAGGAGGACAGCCCAGUAUUGGAGGUAGUCAGCCGGGCUAUGGUACGCAACCAGGAGUUGCGGGACGGCCUGGAAUUGCCAGUGGAUACGGAACACAACCUGGUACAGGAGGACAGCCCGGUAUUGGAGGUAGUCAGCCGGACUAUGGUACGCAACCAGGAGUUGGGGGACGGCCUGGAAUUGCCGGUGGAUACGGAACUCAGCCGGGAGCAGGACAGCCCGGUAUUGGAGGUAGUCAGCCGGGCUAUGGUACGCAACCAGGAGUUGGGGGACGGCCUGGAAUUGCCGGUGGAUACGGAACUCAGCCGGGAGAAGGAGGACAGCCCGGUAUUGGAGGUAGUCAGCCAGGCUAUGGUACGCAACCAGGAGUUGGAGGACAGCCUGGAAUUGGCGGUGGAUACGGAGCACACCCUGGUGCUAGAGGACAGCCCGGCAUUGCAGGUAGUCAGCCCGACUAUGUUACCUAUCCAGGAAUUAGUGGACAACCUGGAGUUAGCGGUGGAUACGGAACUCAGCCGGGUGCAGGAGGACAGCCCGGUGUUGGAGGUAGUCAGCCGGCCUAUGGUACGCAACCAGGAGUUGGGGGACAGCCUGGAGUUGUCGGUGGAUACGGAACACAACCUGGUGCAGGAGGACAGCCUGGUAUUGGAGGUAGUCAGCCAGGCUAUGGUACGCAACCAGGAGUUGGGGGACAGCCUGGAAUUGCCGGUGGAUACGGAACACAACCUGGUGCAGGAGGACAGCCCGGUAUUGGAGGUAGUCAGCCGGGCUUUGGUACGCAACCAGGAGUUGGGGGACAGCCUGGAAUUGCCGGUGGAUAUGGAACACAUCCUGGUUCAGGAGGACAGCCCGGUAUUGGAGGUAGUCAGCCAGGCUAUGGUACGCAACCGGGAGUUGGGGGACAGCCUGGAAUUGCCGGUGGAUACGGAACACAACCUGGUGCAGGAGGACAGCCCGGUAUUGGAGGUAGUCAGCCGGGCUAUGGUACGCAACCAGGAGUUGGGGGACAGCCUGGAAUUGCCGGUGGAUACGGAACUCAGCCGGGAGCAGGAGGACAGCCCGGUAUUGGAGGUAGUCAGCCGGGCUAUGGUACGCAACCAGGAAUUGGGGGACAGCCUGGAAUUGCCGGUGGACACGGAACACAACCUGGUGCAGGAGGGCAGCCCGGUAUUGGAGGUAGUCAGCAAGGCUAUGGUACGCAACCAGGAGUUGGGGGACAGCCUGGAAUUGCCGGUGGAUACGGUACUCAGCCGGGAGCAGGAGGACAGACAGAAAUUCCCGGUGGUCAGCUUGGUUAUGGAACUCAGCCUGGAACUACUGGAACGCAAAUUGGCUACGGAAUUCAGCCAGGCGUUGGAGGACAGUCUGGAGUUGUUGGUGGCCAAAUUGGUGCUCCUGGACGUUACACAGAUGCCGGAACGGGCUUAGGAGCGGUCAUUGUACCUGGAGCUUCUGGCACGGGUGGUGUUGACGAUGCCUUCUCGCAAGCUGAGUCUGCCAUUGGCGACGGCCAAGCAACGGCCAGCGCCCAGGGCAAGAAGAAUGGAGGUACUGCUAAGACGCAAGUGUCUGGGGCCUACAGCAAGGGCAGCUCUUUCAGCGCCAGCGCAAUGACCUCUGACGCAGAUCGAACUGCGAGCGCACAAGUGACAGGCAAUGAAGAUGGUGCAAUGAGUCAGUCUCAGGGCUCUGGCGGUCCUUCCCAAUCCCAAGCUCAAGUCCAACUUAAUGGUAAGGAUGGCGGCACUAAGGCUUCAUCACAGAGCGGCGGUAUCAUACACCAGAGCCAGAGCGAAGUGCAGGCCAAUGAUAAAGGCGGCCUGGCUGAUGCACAAUCCAGCGGACCAGGUCAGACUUCAUCGCAAGCACAAAUCGGCUUCCGUCCUGGUCAGGAUACUAGUUCAGCAGCUGCAUCAGGCGGUGGUCAAGCGUCGGCACAGUCGGGCAGUCACUCAGGCCAGAGUCAGUCCCAAAUACACGGCACAUCCAGCUUUGGCGUCUCAUAUCAUGGUGCCGCACAAUCUGCAUCGGGAACCAAGGAACAGGUGGCCACGUAUCGCGAACAGAACAGGGAGCUAUUUAAUACAAUUAGUCAGUUUGGCAACACUGGAAACGCUGUUACCGAUCGGGUUGACGCCGUCUUUAGCGGCCCAGCAAUUGCUUCCGAAUCUGAAGCAAUACCAGAGAUUCAGCUGAAGUCCUCAAAGACGAGCAAAGAGGUCAGUGACAAAGGUGAAAGCAAUAAGCUGGGUCAACCACAACCCACAAUUACCGAUGAUGAGGAAGCAGAGGAUGACGAGGAACCGUAUGAUGAAUAUGACGAGGAGGAUUACUACAACGAAAAGCCAGUAAAACUCGAAGAAAGUCCCUCAUCUGCUAACCAGAUCAAAAACCAAGAGCCUGGCGCAGCACCAGCACCUUUGUCUGAACCCGUAACCUUUGGGCAAUCAUCUCCCACUCAAAAUCAGCAGGCGGUGGUAGCCAACCCGAACGCUGGCCAGUAUAGAGUGGUGCAGAAUCAAAACGGACGUGUUAAUACAUAUCCAGUCCGCACCACCACCGAAUCUGUGCCCAGUGGCUUUCGCGGCACGGUGAAUGUGGAAAAGAAGUUUCACACAAAAGCACUGGAGCACAGCACUGCCAAGAAGGUGGACAUCAGUGCCGAGGACGACGAUGCUAAGAUAUCUGAAGAGGGCGCCCAUAAGCCACGUGCACCAGACAGCUAUGUGACAGUCACCAAGUCAGUGACUGGCAGCAUGGACAAUUCAAAGAACCCGCCACAGGAGAACAAGAACUUCCAGUCCACAUACUAUACGAAGUCGUCGACGUGCGGCUACUUUACCUUCUCCUGCAAUAUUGUCUACGGUGCGAAUGGACGCAGUAAAAUCUGCCGUCCCAAGGCGCCGUCAAAUGGCAAGUGCUAAGGAUGCCAUCAGCAGUUCAAUGGGGCUCAAAUUGUAAUCAUCUAUAGCUAACCACUAACCUGUUUGUAUUUGACGCAGUUAAACAUUUAAGUUUUUGCUAAUAAUUUAAGAGUCUUACUGCCAUUUUAUACUUCGUACACAAAUUGAAAUUGUAAUUAAUAUUUAAUAAUAACCAACACACACUGCCGUGAAAUGUU